AUAUAUAGAGAGAGAGGUCUGUUGGAAAGAAACCAUCAUGUGAGCAGAGAAGAAGAGGAGGGUGAUCAUAAUCUGUAUAUAUAUAGAGAGAGAGAAGGGAGAGAGAGAGAGAGAGAGCAUCUUGGGGAUAUGGGUAGAGGGAGAGCACCAUGUUGUGACAAGAGCAAGGUGAAGACAGGUCCAUGGAGCCCUGCUGAGGAUUUGAGGCUUAUCUCUUUCAUUCACAAGAAUGGUUAUUCCAACUGGCGUUCUCUCCCCAUACAAGCAGGAUUAUCGCGAUGCGGAAAGAGUUGUCGACUGAGGUGGAUUAAUUACCUAAGGCCUGAUGUAAAGCGAGGCAACUUUACCAAUGAAGAAGAGGAAACCAUAAUUAAGCUACAUCAAACUUUGGGAAACAAGUGGUCCAAAAUUGCAUCUUAUUUACCCGGUAGAACGGAUAACGAGAUUAAGAAUGUGUGGAACACACAUUUGAAGAAAAGAUUGGCUAAGAAAGAUGAGAAAAAUCAUAAAAAUCAAACCAAUGACUUUUCAAGAACCUCGUCCUUUUCAACAUCUUCAACUAGUUCAUUCAUGUCAUCCUAUGGCAACAAUGAAGGUACAGAAGAGCUAGUACUUGAUGAGGGUCAAGAAGGUCUGGCCAACAAGUCUUAUGAACCCAAAGAAGACAUCCCAACUACUGAUCAUGAUCAUGAACUAAAAGAAUCAUCAAGUAGUUCAAAUUCCUCCAUUUCUUGUGAUGCAUCGGAUUACUCAAAUUCGAGUGCUCGAGUUGAUGUUUCAAUGCCUGAACCUGAACCUGAACCAGAACCAGAACAAGAAGAAGAAGAAGAGGGUUCAUUGUUCAAUUUGGGAGGACCUUGUGAGGCUGAUAACGCGACAAUUGCAUAUGAUCAAGUCAAUAAUAAUUCAGACGAUCAUCAAGUGAUUGAAAUUCCACUGGAGGACUCUGAUAUUGACUUUUGGGACAUGUUGGAUAACUUGGCUGAUCCUUUUCAAUCCAUUGAUGAAUCUCCACAAUUACCACAAGAACUGGUGGCUUCCCAAAGCUCAAACUAUGACCAUCACACAGAAAUUGAAUAUUGUAGGGAGUGGUUGAGAGACUUGGAAAAUGAGCUUGGACUAGUGGAGGCAACAAGUGAUGGAGUUGGACAAUUAGGCUCUGAAAUUGAUCAUGCCAAGUGCUAUUUUCAAACAUGGCCCUCUCCACCUCAAAAUUUUGGGGUAUAAUUCAAAUGAUUGAUUCUUACCAACCAUAUAUGAAUUGACAAUUUAGCUUAAUAGCUUUAGUAGGGAAAAGGAAACAAACAAGUGAAAUUUUUCAAAGUGCAUAGAAUAUAGUGUUGGUAAAGGUCCAUUUAUUUUGAAUGGGGCCUAUUUACAAUGCUACUAGCAUUAUAUUUUUCAAUGAAAUUCUGUAUUUGUAAUAUUACUGUUUUUGUAUAUACAAGUAUCUCACAUGUAACCAUUCCAAGGUCUUUUAUCAAUAAGAAUGAAUUUUCUUUGUCCUUACA